AUGGAGCUUGCAUGCAGUUUGAUCACCUCUGGAACGAUCAACGACUCGAUGUCGACGUUGGCUUCUAUUUGGUCAGAAGUGAGCUUGACCCAUCUGUCGCUGUCCUUAGUGACAAAUACCACCUCGCGUUUUCUGCUCUGCAACAAGUUUCCAAUCACCAACUGGUGGUUGUAUCUUUCCAAAGCACCUUUGGAUUUCUUAAUCAGGAUCGAAUUAUCGGUCUCGAGCUUGAACGAGACAAUCAUCGAGAUCGGAGCCCAUGAAUCGACCAGUCUACUCAAAAAUUUAGGCACGGGCUCGAGAUCAACAACCAAUUUACCGCCCGACUCCUGGCUCUGGAUCUUGUGUUCCGGAACACGCGAGGAUGGAAGGAAAAAGUCGGACACCGCAGCUGCGAGGAAAAAAAGAGCGUCUGACCCUAUAACAGACAGCUCCUGGGCGAUCAGCUUCAAUGUGAACAGGUAUUGGUGGACAGUUGUGAAUGGAACAAGAAGAAGCAGAUUAUUCUUCUGGGCGUGUCUGUACUUUCUAAGCACCACGAGCAUCUCUUUCUGGAACUCGGCGUUGACUUCCACUUUCCCAUUCUGGGACUCGGUCAUGUAG